AUGGAUGUAGAUAUUUUGCGGAUCCUAGAUAGAUCCUUACGUUUUGCAUCGUCUCAAAAACGAUAUAAAGCAUCAGUUUAUGACAUUGAGUUAGUGUUUUUCUAUGAGGGAAUCAAAAUAGGAUCAUUAGAAACAGAAAUGAAGCAACGUGUGGGGACCAAUUAUGAUUUGAAAGAAGAUGUAUCUGCAUCUGAAGUAACGUCCCGUUUUAUGGACACAUCUUCAACGCUUAUGAACAAGCUUUUGGGCCCGGAACUGACAGGUAUUAAUGAUAAACAGCCCGAUUAUUAUUUAUCACAUCUUCCUGUUUUUCCUCCUAAAUACACGUACAUGAGCACUCCAAUAUAUAUACAGCGGACUACGUCUCCCCAUGAGAUUCGGGAGUUGUCUGCAAGGCAAAGCCGUUUAGCAGAAAAUGCUUUAUGGAAAAUUAUUCAAAUUGAAAACAAACAAGAGCUCAAUACAGAAAAUAAAGCUCAAGAAAAACAAGAUGCGCUCUUUUUAAAGGUAUGGAAGGAUAUGGGAUAUGAUAGUGAUGGCUAUAUACCUUAUAAAGGUCUUGUUAACUGGGAAACUGACCGAUAUACUCGUCAAUUUAAAAAUACUUUCUAA